GCGCUGGGGGGUGGGGGUGGGGGGGAAUCGCGCUCUGGUGGCCCCUUCCCCCGGUCUCCCCGUGGGGAGGGGAGCUUCUUCGCUGCCCUUGUCAUCCCCGACUAGACCUACAGGUGACCCUUGGCGCCCCCCCCCCAGCUCCCAUCACAUCUGCAGGUCGAGAUGCCUCUCGGGCCUUUGUGACUGGGGACUUCUCCGAGAAGGGACUGAUCGACGACGUGUCAGACUUUUCUCCUUCUCAGAUGCUCAUCCUGCGAGACUGGCUGCUGUUCUAUGAGAAGAACUACGCCUGCAUAGGAAAGCUGAUUGGAAGGUUCUAUGAGGAGAAUGGAGAGCCCACUCCUGCACUCAUCCUGGCCGAGGCUGCCAUGGCCCAGGGAGUUGAGACCAGGGAGGCAGAAGACCAGCAGCGACAGCAAUUCCCUGCGUGUAACUCAGAGUGGAGCUCAGACAGCCCAGGCCGAUUUUGGUGCUCCAAGCAGAGUGGAGGCGUGAGCAGAGACUGGACGGGGGUCCCCAGGAAGCUGUAUCAGCCAGGUGGAAAGAAGCCACGCUGUGUGUGUGUGAGAACCACAGGGCCACCCACAGGCCAGGCAAGCUCUGCCGGCCAUGGCGAUCGUGGUGAUUUGGACAACCCAAGCCUGCAAGAGUAUGCGGGCUGCUCCCCGCUGGCCAGCAGCUGCACCUUGCAAGACUAAGGGCUUUGGGAGCCUCUUUCAGACAGUCCUGGCCAGGACAGAGGAACAAAGGGGCCUGGGAGUUCUAGGAUCAGGGAGGGAAAGGGGGCGGGGGAGGGGGGGGAGAGGGAAGAGAAAGAAAAGCAAAUUCCUGCCCUCAGGGAGCUUCUGAAGACUUGGCUGGCCCAGGCACCCUCCCUCCAUGGGGCUUCUGGGAGGAGGGUCCUCCAAGGGGUGAAGUGACCACUGGGGGCACCAUGGAGUUCUAGCAGGGCAGGCACCGGAGCCCUAGCCUCUCACUCUUGGCCCAGCCCUCUGCCCACCCCCCCAACCCACCCCCACCCCGUGGCCCCGCCAAGUUGGGUCAAGGGUCUGUGGGGCUCUCGGGGCUGAGCAGGAGCAAGGCCAAGGUCUGUGAGAGUUCAAAGGGAACAGGAAGCCCCGGGCAGCUUCUGGGCGCCUGGGUGACCGUUUUAGCAACAAAAGCCUCAGAGCUUAGCAUGGUGCUGGGUGCUGAAUAAGCUGAGUAAUUGAGAGUCCAAUGCGAGUAGGGCUGCCUCUGCCCCUGAAAGCAGCCACCCUGGGAAGGCUAGCCUUGAGGGCAGACACAAGAGCUGUGGCCACCCUCGACCCACCUUGGCAGCAGCCAGCGCCCCCACCAUUCCUCAGUGCUCACUGUGUGCCAGGCACUGUCAGGCAAACACUAGCAGCGCAGCGGACUCUUUCACUUUCUUCUUGUCUGUUUUCUUCCACAAACUAAGAUGGAAAUGUUUGCAUGACUGCACAUGCGUAACCUAUAUCAAGUUGCUUGCCUUCUCAGGGAGGGGGAGGAAUUUGCAACUGAAAUAUUUUUUAAAAGAAUGUUAAAAACUUUUAUACGUAAUUGGGAAAAUAUUUUUAAAAUAAAUGCUUUAUUAAUGUAUCUGUGGUCAUAAAAAAGAACCAGACAGAGCCUUUGCUGUCAGCUAGAUUUGCAGCCCUCUCAGGACCACACCCAGUGUUCUGGCUCAGUCUGGGUGGGGUCCAAAUUCUUUAGAUUGAUUAUCACAUAUGGAUAUUGUCCAGAAUUAAGGGGGUAGUGCAGUCCUUCUGACCUGAUGUAACCCACCUUUGAUGACAUGAACCAGUUAGAUUUGAUUGAUGUAUAAGGACCCACCUCUUACUGAAAAGGAAUAAAAGCCUGGAAAAUUA